AUGACUAUGAGUGAAGUGGGAGGAGAUAAACCACCGGCACCACCUCUGUCACCACCCAUGAAGAAGAGACGAAGUGGCCGGAAAGGGAAGGGAGUGGUGGUCGUGGAGGGAGGCGACGGUGGUGGUGGAGGAAGAGCAAAAAUAGGAAAUCAUAUAUUGAAUGAAAGAGAGAGGAGGAAGAAGAUGAAUGAUAAGUUCUCAACUCUCCAUCAUUUGCUCCCUCAUAUCCCCACUAAGAGCAAUAGAUCAAGCAUAAUUGGUGAAGCUACUAGGUACAUUAAAAAGCUACAAGUGAUCUUACAAGAUGGCGAAAGGCAGAAGCUUGAAAGGGUCCAAAAUGGGGUGGUGGAGAAUUUAACAAGUAAAGUGGAAAUUAGUACUGGAGAGAGUUCGAACAACAACAACAACAACAACAAGGAUCGUACAUUAAUUGUAUCGAGUGAUUUUGGUCCUGUGUUUGAGACAUGGUCUUGGCCCAAUGUUGUUUUAAACAUGUGUGGUGAAUAUGGACAAUUCUCAGUCUGCACCUUGAAGAAACCCAACAUUUUGUCUUCCAUCAGCUUCUUGUUUGAACAGUUCAAACUGGAUGUUGUUAAUUGUAACAUCAAUAUCUCAAAUCAAUCUUCUUAUAUGUACAUGUUCUUAACACAAGUCAUGAGGAAUGGAUCAUCAACUGAUCAUCUUGAAUUACCUACAGCAGCAGAAGUACUAGAGAUCUUCAAGAGAGCAGCUGCGGAAAUAUCUUACUGGCUUUCUUCCUGA